UGUGUGGUAGGAGAGUCCAUGAAAAGCAGGAAAUGAAAGUACUGCGUGUUCAUUAUCGGACUUCAGUUCUUCGUGGCGAUGAUGACUGGUUCCUGUUAAGCCAAUGAGACUCUGAUUGAGGCAACCGGGAGUUAAUGAGUAACAGGAGAGUUGCAACCUUCAGCAGACAUUUGUUCAGCUCUUACCGUGUGACUCAUACAGUCACAAGAAGCACAGAUCUCUGCGUAUGUUUACUAUACUGGCAGGACUGGAUCACAGGACUUUGUGGAGGCUUUUAUUUUUUUUGUAGGAGUUGUUUUGUUGGUUGUGUCUGAGAAACUGAGCUUCCAUGGCUGACACAAGGUCUCAGUCCCCGGCCGUUGGCUCGGCGGCUAAACUCGACGAGGUGCAAGGCCAGGUCAACGAGGUUAAAGUUAUUCUGAAAGACAACAUCAGCAAAGUGCUGGAGAGAGGGGACAGAUUAGAUGAUCUGAUCGGCAAGACUGAUGACCUGCAGGCGUCUGCUGACUCUUUCCAAAGAACAUCCACACGGGUUGCCAGGAAAUACUGGUGGAAAAACAUUAAAAUGAUGAUCAUAAUUGGUGUGAUUGUGCUGAUCAUCGUUAUCCUCAUCAUCCUCUUUGCCACAAAAGUUAUAUAACACCCGAUCUGAACCCCUUCAGCAGCUCAGGACUGAAAGCGAUGAAGACGGUGGAUGAAGCUCACCUCUUUUAUUUAGCGUGUAAUUGCUCUCGUGAAGAGAGUCUCAGAUCAUUUCAGCUCAAACAAACGGACAUUUCAAGAAAUAUUUAUGUAAAUUCAAAAAGGGUAGAUGAUUUUGUAACACCUGCAAGCUUAUUGGUCAGGCUGCUCUGCGAUAAAGCUUAUGAUGACAGGAUACAAAUUAGAGCUUAAAUUGUUAGAAACUUGGCUGAAAUACUUCUUGCACACUCCAACAGUCAAUGUGACGUAAUAUUACUAUUUCACAACGGAUCACAUAUCCAAAUGAGUCUUUAUUUUUAUUGUACUUCUUUAUGUCCAAUUACCUGUAUAUAUAUAUAUAUAUAUUCUGUUUAUGACUGUCAGACUCUGUAAUAACAUUAUAUGACUGAUGACUACGAUAAAAAGGAAAUUUUAACAAUGCAUUUUAUGCAUUCUUUGCUACUACAA